CUGGUGGGAAGAAGUGCCACAAAGCCAGGGUCCUGCUGAGGGAAGAAGGCGGCACUGAGCCAACAACCUUACCUUGGCCUGUGUGAAGGUGACACACCUUUCCUGACUCACACAAAGCCACCUUUGAAGUCCAAACCUCCCCUGUAUCUUUCCUAAUCAUUUAUUGCUUUCUGUGACCUUGUGGCAAUGUUCUGAUGACCUGAAAUGGGAGGAGAGUCAAAAGGGCAGAGGUGGGGCACAGCUACAAAAGCUGGCAAAGCACUCCUGGCCUCACUGCUGCUGGGCUUCCACUCUGCACAGCCUGCACCAUGCUGGUGGCACUGGUUCUGCCCUUCCUGUGCCUCCUGAGCCCGGCCGCCGCUGGGAGGCUGCUGGUGAUCCCCAUGGAGGGCAGCCACUGGCUCAGCAUGAAAAAAGUGCUGAUUGAGCUGAGCAAGAGAGGACACGAAAUCGUGGUCAUUGCUCCGGACAACACACUCCUGAUCGACUCCUCGGAUGUCUACGAACUGAAAACCUACCCUGUGCCAUUGAUGAAGGAGGACCUGGAAGAACAUAUACGCUCCUUCAGUGCAAAAUCUUUCAGCCAAGAGCCUUUCCUGGUGCGAUUCUGGGAGCUUUUGGAAGAGUACCGGAAGAGCGGGGCCAUCUUUCAUGCUUUGUGCAAGUCCUUGCUGUACAACCAAGAGCUGCUGAAGUACAUUGGAGACAGUCACUUUGAUGCCCUGCUCACGGAUCCCGUGACACCUUGUGGGCAGAUCAUUGCCCUGCACUUCAACAUCCCCAGUGUUUUCUUCCUGCGGAUGGUUCCGUGUGCCUUGGACGUUCAUGCGGCGCAGGGCCCGGACCCGCCGUCCUACGUCCCACGCAUGUUCUCGGAAAACACUGACCACAUGACCUUCUCCGAGAGGGUGAAGAACUUCCUGAUUGCCCUUUCCGAGUCCUUUCUCUGCAAUAUUGCCUAUUCUCCAUUUGAGGAGCUGGCCUCAGACUUCCUCCAAAAACCCAUGACAAUGACAGAGAUUUUAAAUCACGGAUCCAUCUGGCUGAGGAGAAUUGACUUUGUCUUUGAGUAUCCCAUGCCUGUCAUGCCCAACAUGGUUUUCAUCGGAGGCAUCCACUGUGGCAAGAAGAAGAAGCCGUUAUCUCAGCACGGCUAGCUGAAAGUGACAAAGAAAGCACAGUUCACUGCGGAUAGUGCAGGCAUAGCCCUGGCUGCAUGAGCACUCCCAGCGCCUGACCUGAGUGCAUGGCAUCAGCUGUGUGGCCACUCACAGCACUGGGAUGACCCCACCCCGUGGCACGGCCCGGGCCAGUCUGGGAAGGAGCACAGUGGUCCUCUCAGCGCUUCCCAUAGGAGAGGAGGAAAGAGGACUUUCAUGCAUUUUCUCAUUCUUAAUUAUGUCUUCUCAGAGGCGUUACUACUUAAAUUGGCCAAUGUGUCAUUUGUCAGAGCCUUCAGGGAUUGGCUCUUCUGGAUGGAGUGGACGUUUUAAUGAGCUUCUCUCUCAGAAGUAGCCUUUGUGGCUUCCUCUGGCCCAAAUAAAAGUCAGACUGUGUGAAACUAAUACAAGAGCUUGUAAAUCUCUUCUCAGAAACCUGGCAUCAUCCUUCCACCUCUCCUCUUGUCUCAGGCUGGAAAUCAUCUUUAAGAGCUAU